AUGCCCGGGUUUGUGUACAGGGAUGAUAUCCAUGAGCACAUGUGGUGGCUGAACCCAAUGUGUUGGAGCAUGACAUCCAGAUGUCUCCAGUCCACCCGCUCGAUCACUUUUCCAACGUUCGUGGAGAGCAAGACCAGCUUUUUUCCCCUUCGACCGGGCGGCAUGGAUCACAUUGAGGGCACAGAUGGUGUUUUCCCUCACCUCCCUGCCCGGGAUAAAGCAGGUUGGAAGGACGUGUGUCAGUUAGAGGGUCAAGGUUUUGGCGAAGAGCUUGCAAGUCAAUGUCAGGUAACAAUGACCCUGGGCCGGAUUGUAUGGUGUGGGUGA